AUGACGGCGUCAAGUCUCAUUCUCGCACACAACGGGGGUGUGGACAAGACCAAGCUCAAGAUUUUGGCCUGCGCUUCCCCCUUUACGGGCCACACGAUGCCUAUCAUCAAUAUCGUCGAGGUUUUGAUACAGCGGGGCUAUGAUGUCACAUUCAUCGCAGGAGAUGAAUAUCGAGAGAGAAUUGAACGAAGUGGUGCCAAGUUCUUCAGCGUUCCCCCUAUAAAUCUUGUCCAGCCAGUGGAGGAGAGCAAUCGCCAUGGGCUAUACUUUGCAAGAAUCCGGCAGAGCCUCCUGAAGUACUUCAUUGAGCCGACGAAAGCUCAAAAAGACGUCUUAUACAACGUCUUGGAGCACAUGAAGAGAGAGGCCCCGACGCACAACAUUGUUAUCCUGACGGAGACGUUCUAUCUAGGAGAUGCUCCCAUGUAUCUCGGUGCUGCGCUACCACACGGCUUCACCAGGCGACCGAGGACAGUCAAUAUCCACGCUGUUCCCUAUACUUUGCCAAGUCAGGACACUCCGCCAUUCUGUCUAGGGCUCAUUCCUGAUGGCAGAGACGAGAGUCGUGAGACAUAUCGUGCUCAAUACAAAGAGAUGGUAACCGUCACAUUCGCGGAUUCCAUAGCGACUCAUGAAAAGACGCUCCGAGACCUGGGGGCAGUCAAUUACGAGGCGGCCUUGCCGAUCGAUACUCUCGCUACAGCUGCUGAUGUCACACUCCAAAUGUGUCCUCCGAGCCUGGAGUACAAGCGAUCGGACAUUCACCCCAAAGUCAGAUUCGCAGGCGCGCUCAAUUACCGUCCCUCUACCAAGAUGUUUGUUUCUCCCAGCUUCUGGGAAGACGUCACUCGUGGAGACAGGAUCGUCAUCGUGGUUUCGCAGGGAACCAUUGCUGUCGACUACGCAGAUCUACUCAUCCCCUCUCUACAAGCACUUAAGCAUCGCUCAGACAUUUUUGUCGUUGCCAUUCUCGGUCGGAGGGGGGCUAGUCUCUCAGCUGAGGUUCAAAUACCGCCCAAUGCUCGGGUCAUAGAUUAUCUUCCGUAUGAUGCCGUUCUCCCUCGUGCCUCCGUCUUCAUCAUGAAUGCAGGCUAUGGUGGGUUCAUCCAAGGUGUUUUGAACGGAGUGCCCAUGAUUCUGGCGGGUGAUUCGGAGGACAAGCCUGAAGUGGCUGCUCGUGGCGAAUAUGCCGGUGUGGCCGUCAACCUAAAGACUGCGACACCCUCGGAGGAACAGAUUCGUGGAGCAGUGAGUACAGUCUUGGGUAAUUCAAACUACAAGAAACGUGUGCUAGAAGUCAAGCAGGAGAACGAGGAAAUGAAGGCAAUGGAUACUGUCGAAAGGGCGAUUCUUGAGAUGGCUGCUGUCAGCUGA